AUGGCAGAUGCUGCUGCAAGUGUGACUGAACAACCAGCGACCGAAGAUCUGACGCCAUCUUCGACCAUUCUUAAUGGAAUGCGUGUAUACUUUGUAAUUGGUGCAAUUGGUUGGAUGGCGUUUGAAGUCGGACGAGUGAAAUUACAAAGUGCCUAUUACUGUCGUGAAAAUAAAGUCGAGACAACAAAUGAGACAGUGAGUAGAUGUCGUGAUGCAAAAGUGUUUGGGUGGGUCAAACUUCUUUUACUUACGAGUGAUGACGACAUUUUGGAACAUUGUGGAAUGGACACACUCUUUUUCUUACGGUUUUUGAGAUUAUGCCAAAAGGUGGCAGCUGUGGGGAUAUUGUGCUCGAUUUUUAACUUUCCCAUUUAUUAUUAUGCCCAAAAUGACUCUUUGGAUGCUCUGUAUAUGAUGACGUUGUCCCAUUUAGAUACGGACACGACAUGGAGGUUCUUUUCUACAGUCAUCACCAUGUAUUUGGUAUCAAUGGCGACCUGUUUUUUACUUUGGAAAGAGUAUGAAGAAUAUAUUCGUCGUCGUCACGAGUUUAUGUCGAGAAAACAUUCGCAACAGUAUACGGUGGUACUAAAUGGAUUACCACCAAACCUCUGUACGCAACAAACACUUCGAAAUUAUCUGGAGCUUUUGUUUCCGAAAUCGGUUCUUCAUGUUUACGUGGCAUUGGAAUGUCGUGAUUUGGAAAAACUUGUGGCAGAACGUGUCAAAGUACGGAACAAACUCGAGCACGUUCUUGCUCAAUGUGCCAAAACAGGAGAACGAGUGCUGACAAAAGAUAAUACGAUUGGAGAGAAAGCGGACGCGGUGGAACUAUUUGAAAACCAACUGAAGCAACUGAAUGCUGCAGUGGAGAAAGAGAUGGACUCGAUAUCACGCAAUCAAGCGGCAGUGGCUCGAAAGCUUUUGGAAGCUAGCACCGAUGACGAAAUGAGACAUUUUGACCAGAAUCUCGACUCGGCGAGAAGUAUCAAUUUUACGAAGGAUGAAGACUUGGACAGUGAUGCACUGGAAUCGAGAUACAUUCGUGGAUUGAAGCGGCAGGACAAGAAAUCGCUUGGAAUUAUGCGCGCAGCAGGGUUUGUUACCUUCCGAAGCCUUAAGGUGGCUCAGUCCUGCACCCAGAUCCUGCAAAGUGCCGAUCCUACACAGCUGCAAGUGGAACCUGCUGAUCGCGCGGACCACGUGGUGUGGCCGAACAUCGGUUUAUCCAAAAACAUCAAAGACACGUGGUUUAUGAUUUCGAUGGCACUCAGUACUGCUAUCAUUUUGCUCUGGACGCUACCGACAGGUAUUGUUGUGUCCUUUGCCAAGGUGGAUUCGCUUGAAAACCAAUGGCCAUGGCUGGCUGAUCUGAUCGACGAUUAUCCAUGGGUUCAGUCUGUUCUGGAACAGAUCUCUCCACUGAUGCUGUCCAUCAUGACGGCACUAGCUCCAAUCAUUUUUGGCAUUCUGUCCGAGCGUGAAGGUCAUGCUUUUGCAUCCCAGGUGAAUGCCUCGCUGCUCAAUAAGUUGAUCGCCUACCAGAUUUAUGUGACGUUUUUGCUACCUAUUAUUGGUGGUACCGUCAUUGAUGCCGUCAUUGGAUCGGGUAGCUCAGAGCUGACGAAUGUGAGUAGCACUCUCAGAGUUAUAAGCGAUUCAGUGGCAGUGCAGUCAUCCUUUUUCAUCACGUAUCUGCUCGUCAAGACAGGGCUCAACCUGACGUUAGUGCUGCUGCGCGUGGUUCCGAUCGCUAAGGCUGCCAUCUAUCAAUCAUUAGCCCCUAAGCUGACGCCUCGUGAGCGCUUGUCUGAUUGGUUUGGUCUCAAUUCGCUGGACUACCCUGAAGAUUUUGGUGCGUCCGAUCUGGUGUCUGAUUACUUCUUGGUGUUGAUGCUCGUGCUGGUGUUCUGCGCCAUUGCCCCCAUUUUCAACUACUUUGCGAUACUUUACUUGCUGUUGUCGGACGUCGUAUUCCGUUGGGCAGCGUUGUGCGUUCAUGACCCGUCAACGCAGACGUCGGGCACGUUCUUUCCGUCGCUGUACCGAUUCGUUAUUGGUGCGCUCAUGUUUGCUCAGAUCAUCAUGGCGUCAGUGCUGGCCACCAAGCAGGUGGCGCUUCCUGCGACGCUCUCGAUUUUUCUACCGUUCAUUACGUUGGCUUUUCACCUAUUCGUGUCAUCACGCUACCCGAAGAUCGCUCGGAAUCUUCCACUAGAUCAGGCCGUGAUGAUCGACUCGCGUCGUUUGCGUCAAAAGGAGGAUCUCGAGCGCGUGUUGGAGGCUAUGUACGUGCAGCCGGUGAUGCUUGAAUGUAAGUCUUUGAAGCCGGACUAUCAAGGACUGACCAGCCACCCGUUUCCAGAGAACCAGCUCGUGUCACCUCCACCGAUCGAGUUCCGGUCCCACGAAACCUACUCACCGAGGAUUAUUCAAGGAAAUAACGCCACGCCUUACAAGCGCAUGGAAAAUGAUACUCAACAACACCGUCACCACAAGUCUGAAGGUGGUCUCGUAUGA